GACACUACUAAUUUGAAGUGGAGAGCAUUGUGACCACGUCACAAGAUAUAUUUGCUCAUUUAUGGUUUACUCUUUUGUCAAUUAUAUACUUUUACGGUUGAAUGUAUCUUAAAAUUCUUCGAAGUAAAUUAUACAAUUAUUAUUAAACGCACGCCUUUCGCAAUGUAAACUGUAUAACUAUAAAUAUACAGAAAAUUCGAAUAAAAAUAUACUCGAAUCGAGUUGAAGAAACAAUCAACGACACAAUGAAGAUCGCAUUAGCUAUAGUUGCUUUUGGCAUUGCCACUUCUUUCUCCGAGUGCCGUUCCACUUAUCCUGUUACUGUAGAAGAUUUGGAUAGACAAUAUUGUGAACUACAUCAUCCCGAACGUUUUAGAUACUGCAUGUUGGAAAAUGAUGCCGAAAUAUCUGUAAAAUUGCAUCGUAACUGCGCCUUACAAGUGAAAUAUUAUCAAACUUUGGGAGAAAUAGCUAAUUUUAUUUGCAAAACAAGAACUGACGAGGAAUAUGCAAAAUAUUUAAGAUGCUUCGUUCCAGCUUUGGAAGUAGAAUUUCAUGCUAAUCUAAAAUUCAUUGAUAUUGUUCAGAAAUGCUUGAAGAGUGCUGCAAGCGAAUAAACAGCGAUGUGUUUAAUACAUCAAGCAAUUUUUUAAGAUAAUAAGAAAUAUGUUUAUGUUAAGACAUUGUUUCAAUAAAGUUUAUUAAUAAUAAUUCAAAAUGUGUCAUUGAAAUUUGAAAUCAAGCAAUAUUGCCUCAUUGAAUUCGAGCAAUCGACCGUAUCAAUCAGUAUACUAAAUUAUAUAAUAAUAUCCUUUAAAACUGUGAAAAGAAACGAGAAAUUUUCUGACAUUUCAAAUAUUUAAAUUUAUUAUUUUUAUUAAAUGUGUUUAAAAUGACAGAAAAGUAGUCGACGUGUUUUAGACUCAAAAGAAAUGAUAAAUUCUAUGUAACGACGACUGCGGCGUGUUUUUCUGGGAACAACAGAUUUAAAAUAGCGUUAAUUAAACAGAUUUAUUUCUGUUGUCCUUCCACACUGAAUAAUUAAUAGGAAAAAGUGGGAAGAUUAAUAUUCCUAGUUUUAGGAAAUCUCGAGGAAUUUGUCUUAAUACAAACAUUAAAUCAAUAUAAAAAGAGAUAUUCUUUAGUGUUGGGUUGAUAAAAGAAGACAAAGCAACAUUUGGACGAUCUGUCC